AUUUACAAACUGAUAUUUAUAAACGUCCAGACCUACUUUCACUGCGUGUGUAUAAAGUCCGCUUUAUUGACAUUUUCCGCAGUCUUUAUAGCGUUUGUGUAUUUAUUGUAUAUGCAACGGGAUUGUCACUUCUUGAUCUCUGGCUAAACUGCCAUUAGCACAGCUCGACCUGCAUUUGGGGAAACAUUCCCAUUCCUAUUCCGAUUUUUCUUCCUAUUUUAUUUCACCCGAGUCAUACAUUUUAUCCUAAACCUCCUGUUGCACAAUGAUGCGCUGAGAGAGAAUAGGUUUAAAUGCAAAGUGGAAUCUUGCGCGACUCGGCUCCCGGUCGUCUGGAUUUUGAGGAAGAUCUAAUAGUCGGUUCCCCUCCCAUCCGUGCGAGAACUGGCGUCCUCUGACCGCAAUUUGUUUCCAUGUUUUUAGGUUUGUGUGAUUUUGCUAAAAUGCAUCACCAACAGCGAAUGGCUGCCUUAGGGACAGACAAAGAACUAAGCGACUUAUUGGAUUUCAGUGCGAUGCGAAACAGCGAUUUGAAAAUGUUCCCAACAUCAAUGAUGUUCUCUCCUCCUGUUAGUGGUAGAAACAGACCCACCUCCCUGGGAAGUGGACAUUUUGCAGCCUCAAACAUGGGGGACAGAGCCAGUGCAGGGACGUGGGGACAUAGAGGUGCCCCUUCAAAGAGUUAUGCUGAUGGUUCCCAGUACACUCACAUGACUAGCCGUGAAAUGGGCUCCCACCCACACGACAACAUCUCUCCUCCAUACCUCAACUCCAGACUAACAGGUAAAACGGAGAGAGGAUCCUACUCCUAUGUAAGAGACGCCAACCUACACGGGUGUCAUCAGCCGAGCCUCCUGGCAGGAGAGAUGGGCAGUCCUGGGGCGGUGUCGCCCACCAAGCCUGGGUCGCAGUAUUACCAGCACUACAACAACAACCCUCGUCGGAGACCUCUGCACAGUGACAACAUGGAGGUCCAGACAAAGAGAGUUCGGAAAGUUCCCCCUGGUUUGCCUUCCUCAGUAUAUGCCCCAUCUGCCAGCACAGCUGACUACAACAGGGACUCACCAGGGUACCCCUCCUCCAAACCACCCAGUGGAGGGUUCCCCAGCCCCUUCUUCAUGCCAGACGGUCACCACAGUGCUGACCCGUGGAGCUCCUCCAGCGGAAUGAACCAGCCUGGUUACAGCGGCAUGCUGGGUAACUCCUCCCACGGCCCCCAGAGCAGCAGCUACUGUGGCACCCACCUGCAUGACCGGCUGAGCUACCCGUCACACUCCUCGGCAGACAUCAACCCCAGUCUUCCUCCCAUGUCCAGUUUCCAUCGUAGCAGUGCCUCCAAUCAGUACAGUACAGCUUCCUGCACUGCCACCACCAACGGCACAGACAGCGUGAUGGGUAAGACCUGGGGACAAGGACACAGGGCUGCAGAAGACAGGACAGAAGACAGGGCUGAUUACAGGACAGAAGACAGGGCUGAUUACAGUGCUAACCGGGCACCGACCAGCUCUCAGACGGGAGACGCCCUGGGGAAGGCUCUCGCUUCGAUCUACUCUCCAGACCACACAAACAAUAGCUUCUCGUCCAACCCGUCGACCCCUGUCGGCUCUCCCCCGUCACUCACAGCUGCCAGUUCUGCUGUGUGGUCCAGGAACGGAGGACAAGGUCCCUCCUCCCCCAACUAUGAGGCUCCACUCCACUCUCUGAGUCGUAUCGAGGACCGUCUAGAGCGUCUGGACGAUGCCAUCCACGUGCUGCGGAGUCACGCGGUCGGCCCCUCUACGGGCAUGCCCGGCGGGCACCAAGACAUGCACAGCCUCAUCGGGGCAGCGCACAACGGGGCCAUGGCAGGACUGGGCACUGGGUACGGGACGGGACUACUCUCUGCCAACCGCCACUCAAUCAUGGUAGGGACCUCCUCCAAUCACUUCGCCAGAGACACACUGCAGUAUAAUUAAACUGAUGUUCUUCAUCCCCGUGGGACACACAUCCACUGUAAUUCCUUCCCUGAGAACUACAGUAACAUGUACAGA